AUGUCUGAAGAAGACUCAGGAGUCAUGGAACAAGAACUUCGGGAAGCUUUCCGGCUUUACGACAAGGAAGGAAAUGGGUACAUCACAACAAAGACGUUGAGAGAAAUUCUGCGUGAGUUGGAUGACAAAUUGACUGACGAGGAGUUGGACGAAAUGAUCGCGGAAAUCGACACCGACGGUUCAGGAACCGUCGACUUCGAUGUGCAUCGAUGCCCUCUGGCCGUCGAUUCCGUGAAUCUGGAAACUGUGCAAAAUUGGAAGAGUCGAUUCGGCAUUGAUUUGAAAAAAGUGAAAGCAGUGGAAAUCCGGGAUUGUUCCGUGCUCGAGUUGAACUUGGACCUCGUUGUUCGCACAUUGACCGAGUCCAGUGUGUCGACCCUAAACGUCGUCAACGUCUCUGACCUGAAAAUCGUCACUUCUACUCGUGCUGACGACGAUUCUCAGAAUUCUCAUCAGCAGCGUUCCGGACUCGGAUUCGUCGAUUCGAAUCUCGCUUCAAUCACUGCGCACGGUGUCGACAUCUCGUUCGUGAGUGUGACAUUUCACGCGAAUACGCAAGUGUUGCCGAUGAGCAGCACAAAUCGGCGUGCGACAGUCAAACGGAUCGUCUUUGAGAAAUGCACCUUCGCUGGAACGGUGCCCACGGGUUUUCUGGGCAACUUCGAAGCUCAGGUCAUUGUGGUCAAGGACUCGGUUUUCCAAGGUCGUGUGGAAUUCGAGGCUUUCUCUAAAAUUCGUGUUGGGAAAUUUGAGGUCAACUCGGUGAUUUUCAAGUCCGACGUGGUGGAAAAUGCCGUGAUGUCUGUUCACGUGGAGGAUGAGUUCCUCUUGAUCAACUCAAGUUUCGAAGGAUUGCUCGAAACCAAAGCAUUCAACUUCGAAACGGAAACGAGAAUCCUCACCAUGCACGGGAACAAGUUUCUCAAUAUCGUCAAUCCGAAUUUUAUGCAAAUUAAAAUUAUGACGACUGGACGCAUUAGUGGAAAUAUCUACAACGUCUACGAAAAAGACGUAUUCGGUGGUUUUCAAGUUCUGGAUGAUGGUUUAUUAACCUUAAAGGGUAAUACGUUCAAUACCGGAAACCUGCAAGAAUUCGACGCUGAAAGACCUACAAACGGUUUCGUGACCUUCGCAACCCCGGAUAAAUCAAGCAUGACGGACACCAAAUUAUCCACGACUUGUUCCUGCGAACUUUACAACCGAUUCACUCAUUCUAUGGCGGAAGAAAUGUCUUGUUCAUCAACAAACAAUCAGCAUGAUUUAUCAAUCAAACUAGACGUGUUCGGCAAGGAGAAACGAUGCCGUCGAUCGCAGGCAUCACUAGGAAAGAUGUCACUGGAAAUGCUGAUCGCUGUCGUAGUCGGCGCCAGUGUGGCGACAUCUAUCGUUAUUGGACUGUGUUUGUUUUGGUUUUGCGACGGCGCGAGGAGACCGAAGUUGUUCCGCACUUGUUCCAAUUUGGAUUCCAUGGCUGAAAAGAGCAGCUGGAAUUUCGAGCACAUGGGACAGAACCGUCAGCAACCACCGGUCAUAGUUUAUGCUAUUCCUGAAACGAAGGUUUACACCAUGUCAGACGCUGUGGAAGAAGACUAUGUUGAAGAAAUCGCAGAAGAAAUUGAGCAGCCAGUCAUAGUGCACCAGGUACUCCCCAAAUCUCAGCACAACGAUAAGAGCGCCACGCUCGGGUCAAGAGUGACAUCUUUCAUGACAAAUGGAAUGAUGAGCCACCGUGGGGUGCCAACUCGGCGCCAACAGCGUUCUGGGAGUCGCAGGAACAGCAAGGCUGUCACUGGCACCGCUGCCAACUUGGACCAGCACCACCAGCCGGACGUAUUGCCCAUUGCUGGGAGGACUGACCGGUUUUGGAAUGAACAUAGAGCUUCGAAUGCUUCUAACGAGAACUGGCGUAUGAAUCUCUCUGUGACGCGCAAUUUUUUGAAGCAAUUCCGUCGCGGAGGGCUUGAAAAGUUCACAAGGAUGGUCUCCAGUAUUCCAGCCGAAGCACUAUCAAAAAUGCUUGAAGGAAAAGAUUCUAGAGCAUUCCUGCUGUUGGACGCUCGAGAUAAUGCUGAGUUCAAAACAAGUCGCAUUCCGCAAGCCGUUCAUCUUCCGCAUGAAGCCAGUGAUAGCGACAUUCUUGAGGUUGUCAAAAGCAAGACAGAUGAAGAUGCGGAUGUUGUUUGUUAUUGCCUUGUGGGUUUCCGUUCUGGCAAACUUGCAGACCGUCUAGAGAAGUUGCUCGAAAAUGAAGCCCAAGUUCCUCGGCGGAAGGUGCAUACUCUCGAAGGUUCUUUGGCAGCUUGGGCACUGGACGGACGGGAACUUAUAGAUUCGCUUGGUAACCCAACUAAGGCAGUAAACUUGGUAAAGGCGCCUGCGGCUUUGAAAGAAAAAUUCAGCGCUCAAGUGGCAUGAAGCUUCCAAAUUCGCUUGUUGGAACGUUGUAUACUCAUUUAUUCUAAUUGUACUCGUUGGCGUGUCCGUUCUGCUAGGGGGUUUGGGUUCUCCGAUAGUUUUUAUGCUUCAGGAUUGGUGUGAUAGAUGUUUAUUCUCGAUUUGCAGGAACGGAUUUUUUUAUCUUGUGUGUUGAUCAGAAAUUGAUUUCUUUUAACCAUCAUGAUUUCGCUCAAAAGUGUCCUUGUUCCGAACACGAUCAAUAUUCGGAGGUUGUUCAAUCCCCUUAGCAUCUUCCAAAAUUUCUUGACUAUUACUCGCGAUUCCAAAGAAUCUGCAGCGAAAAACUUCAUCCGCGCCGGAUUUGUUGGUAGAGUUCGAUCAAAAAUGUCCGACAUUCCGACGAUUUCUCCUUACGCACUAGGCAUUCUUGUUCAGAAUCGACAUUCUGACCGAAUACUUGUGAAUGAUUCAAGAAAGACUGUACUUUAUGUCCCAGAAGAAAGUCUCGGUGUCCUAGAUGCACGGACGCACGAAGAGUUUGCCCGGGGUCACAUAUGUGGAGCUUAUUUGAUGCCGCAUGAUGCUACGGAUAAGCGACUUGAGAAAUUUAUACUCAUGUCUGUGAAACAAGGACAUGAAAUCUUCGUCCUCUAUUGCAAUCAGACCCACAACCGAUCUAUAAAAUUAGCGAAACGCAUUUUGGAAGUGAAGAAGAACCAUGCGCAAGCGUGCUUGAAGUUAGAAGUAUACGUUCUAGAUGGUGCCCUGAAGGAGUACGCCAAGACUGAUCCGCUCGUCGAUAUCAACAUGCGGUCGGGAACGUUCUCUUCCGACAAGUGAUGGUUUUUUUGUGAUGUAUCUCUUGAAAUCUGGAGUGUGAGAACAUGCUAAAUCUGAGAUCGA